UAUUUUUAUAAAAACUUCAUUAUUAGUAAUUUUAAUAAAAUGUCAAGGAAUUUUGCACUCUGUUCACUAUUUACAUCUUUUAUAACAAUUUUAUCGAUUUCGACAGCAAUUGGUGAUCAUAGCAAAUGCUCUGAAGUUCCGAUAGAAUUGAGUGAUACAGAAAAUUCAUCCGUGAUUAUAGGUGGAAUGUUUCCAGUACAUUAUUGGGAUGAAAAAAGUAAAACGUACGCAUUAAACAAACCAGGACUUUUAUGGGUUGAAGCCAUGAUAUUUGCAAUUAAUGAAGUAAACAACAGAAUUGACUAUUUACCAAAAACAAAAUUAGGAUAUCGCAUACAAGACAGCUGUAACGAUAUAAAUAUUGCCAUCGAAUCCGCAUUAGAACUAACCCAAGGCUUUGUUCCGUACAAAGAAGUACAUAAUAACUAUAUAUGUCCGUGUAAUUACAAUACAACAAAAGCAAUUGCAUUAGUUGGAGAUGCAGCUUCUGCAACUUCAACAAACAUAGCAGCUAUUUUAUCUUCAAGUGGAACUACUCAAAUAAGCUACUCAGCCACAUCUACUGAUCUCAACGCAAAGCAGUUAUUUCCGACAUUUUUAAGAACAGUAGCUCCUGAUAAUCUUCAAGCGGGUUUAAUAGUUGAUUUAUUAGUGCACAAUAACUGGACAUACGUUAAUGUAAUAGCAUGCGAUGACGACUAUGGUAGAGUUGGUUUUAAUGAAAUUUUACCCAUAUUAAAAGAGAAAAACGUGUGUAUUUUUAUUCAAGAGAUUUAUGAUGUAAAAGGUGAUUCGAGUGGAAACAUAACAAAAAGAGUUGUUGAAAGACUUAAUAUAGAGAAACAAGCAAACGUUAUUAUUCUUUGGUGCCAGCGACCUGAAGCAAUCCAAUUUUUAAGAGUAGCAGAGCAAAUGCACUUGCACAAUAAAACAUGGAUAGCUACAGAAACAUAUGGUUCUAGUGAAGAAGUUUAUAAAAUAGACCCUAAUGUUGUUAGAGGAAUGUUUGGAGUAAUUCCAAUGCAAGUAAGAUACGAGCCAUUUGAAACCAUGUUAAAAUCUAUGACUCCAGAUUUGGUGUACAAAAAUCCAUGGAUUAACGAAUACUGGAAAGAAAAAAACUGUGAAGCCAAAAACACAACAACUUGCAAAAAAAUUAAUUUGAGUGACCUACCUAAGAGCAAAUACGUAGAAGUUUUUCAUGCUGUCCAAUCAAUUGCUUUCGGACUGCAUGCUUAUAUUAAAUCAGAAAAUCCACAUACUAUUGAAACUAAAAAACUUUUUUCAUAUAUUAAAAAUGUAAAUUUUUCGGGUAUAAAUAAUUUAUCAGUUUCAUUUGAUGCAAAUGGAAACCCCAGGGAUGCAGGUUACUCUAUAACUAACUUGAAAGUAGAUCACCGUUCUAAUUCAACUUGGAAAGUAAUUGGUUUUUGGACUAAAUCGUCAGGUAAAAUAGUUUUUACUUCCAAUAAUCAAAUAAAUUUUGCAGGAGGUUUAUUAGAACCACCUGUUUCAUCUUGCAGAGAAAUAUGCAAACCUGGUUAUUUUCAACAUUCCUUUGAAAAUGCAUGUUGCUGGCAGUGUGUAAGAUGCGGAAAAAACAGUGUUCAAUCAAAAUAUGGACAGAGUAGUUGUAAAAUUUGCCCUGAUGACAAAAUAGUAAAUACUGAAAAAACAUUAUGUGUCUCGCCUAAACAAAUUUUUAUAAAACCUGAUAGCGAAGAAGGUAUUUUCUUACUUAUUUGUUCAACCAUUGUAUUUUUAUUUGUAGUAUACGUUGUGUACAUAUUUUAUAAAUAUGGAGAAACACCAAUUGUAAAAGCGUCAAACAAAAACUUGUCUUUACUGCAACUUGGAAGUAUUAUUUGCAUGCUAAUUCUGCCAUUUCUCUAUUUUCAAACAGAAAAUACGAAAUACAGGUGCGGAGGCCGUCUAAUUUAUUUUGUUUGCUUUAGUUCUAUAACUAUUUCUGUUACGUUUACAAAGGCUGAUCGAUUAUUACGGAUAUUCAACAACAGCAAAUCAGGUUGUUUGACAAAAAACAGUAUUUUAAAAACAAAUAAAGUGCAGUUUAUGACAGUUGCAGCUCUAACUUUAUUAGGUAUUUUAAUAUGUAUUGUUUCUUACUUUGCUUUUCCUAUUGAAGUCUGUGAUAAAAAAAAGAUAAAAGAAGAAGAAGAACCGCGAACUGUUUGCUACUGCGCCGGUUCCUACGACUCCAUUCUUUUUUUAGCAAUCGGAUAUGUAGCUGUAAUAGCACUAAUUUGCGGUGUAUAUGCAUUUAAAGCACGAAACUUACCUGAAACUUAUAAUGAAGCAAGAUUAACAAGCUUUGCAAUGUUUAUAUUUUUAUUAUCGUGGCUGAUGUUUGUUCCUAUAUACUUAAGCACAAAAGAUCAACAACAAAAACUUUCAGUAUGGUGUUUUAUGUGUUUUUCAUCUACAACAUGUUUUGCUUUUAUCAUGUAUUCACCAAAAAUAUAUUUUAUUUUCUUUAAAACGGAGGAGAAUACAAAAGAUAGGUUUAGAGCUAAGAUUCACCAACCAAAAUCUACAUUUAACGCAUCAACAAAUGAAUUUGAAAUUCAAGAAAACUAAAUUUUUAAAAUUGAAUAGUAACCUAAAUAGCUAGAGAGAAUCAAACAUUUGUUUAAAUAAAAAAUGUAGAGAAAUAGUUAAAUUAAAAGUCAAUUAAUUAA